UACAAAGAAUGUAGCACGGAGAAGCAGCGUCUGGGCAGAGUCAUUGCCUCUCUGGAAGACCAGUUGGCUGAGAAACAACAGGCCGUGAGACACCUUGAGGAAGCCGGAGACGAGGACAGAACAGAGAGGGAGACGAAAAUUUCCUUGCUGGAGCGGAAGUUGGCAGAAAUGGAAGCGGCACAAGGCCUCCACGGGCCCGGGUCGAACGGCGCCCUCCAGACCCGAGAAGUGCGGGAGAGCGCGCCAGCCGACGACAGCAGAUCCGGGGAAACGUGUCCUCGCUGUGGCGCUGCCCUGGCCCAGGUGGAUCAAGCAAUUCAAAGUGCAAUCAAACGAGAGAAAGAAGACCAGACCUUAGUUUGCUUGUAUCGGAUGCAAGACCUUUUGAAAGGGAGGAUAUCAGACCGAGUUGCCACUCCCACACCACCACCCACCCGGGUCCCGAGUCCGAGCCGAGACCCCUCUGCGAGAGUCGUCCAGAGCCCCCAGGAGGAGAGGGAGACCCUGAGACAACGGCAUCAGCUGGUGACCGAGCAGCUGAAGGGGCUUUUCAGACAGAGGCAGCAACUGGAGCAGUCCCAGAAACAGCCCGGAGGAGGCAAAGAAGGGCGGUCGGGGGAGCCUCCUAAGCCUGAAGAAGUCCUGGUUGUGCCCAAAUCUACCAGACCUCCAGAAGGCCAGCCUGCUGCCCCAGAUGUUCCCAGCAGCAGCAGCAGUGCGGAAGUACAGAGCCUCCAGCAGCUGCUGAAAGAGAAAACAGAAAUGAUCUCCUCCAUGGCUUCUGAGAUUCAGGCUCUGCAGCAGAAGAACGAAUCUCUAAUGAAAGCGAAACUGAGAUUCCAGCAGCAAAUCCAGCAGAUCCGCAACCUUCCUAAGCAGCGGCCGGAAAGGAGCGCUCCCGAACUCCAGGUGCCCCGAAUCUCGGUCGGCCUAGGGCAGGAUUUGCAAAGCACCCAAGGCAGUGAUAGCUCUGUCCCCUCCCCACAAAGCGACGAGCCACCAUUCACUGGCAGCGGAGAGGACCUGAGCCAGGCUCCGCGAGUCUCCCAUCAUCCCACCGGUGCCGAAGACCAGCGGAGAGACAGCUCUUCCGACGAGGCCGCCGGCCAGAUGCCACCUGGCCCACGGUGUGCUCGGGUUCCCGCCGUGGCUCCCACCAAACCCUUCUCUAUCGAGCUCAUCCCUCCUCCGCAGGGUGACAACGAAGGGGCUUUACUCAGCCCCCGGGGCUCAGCUCUUUUGUCCCCCAGGCCUUUUGUCCCCACCAGGCCUUGGUCCCCCUUCAAAUUCAGAGGGAACCCCGAACUUCCCGAGAACAGCGAGAAGCACUGAGCGGGAAAGCCGCUUCUCCGGACCCCUUCUAAGAUUCCGCCGUUUGUCCAAGUCCAACGAAAAGUUUCUGUCGUGAGGCCAAGCUUUAGGGAUCCCCAAAUUUUUACUUUUGGGAGUGUGUACCCCACCCCACCCCCGCACUUUAAUUAAAAGAUUACACAUUG